AAAAUGCACAUCGUUACUCUUUUGCCUAAAUUGGGGUUUCAGUUUUAAUAACUAGACAUGAGCAUAGUGUGGAGGACACUUCCCUUUUCAGUGAUAUAAAGAUGGCAGCAAGAACUUCAUUCUCCCAGUACCGACUCGAAGCAGAAAUUGAGAAACACAGAGGAGAAUGUCAAUGGGAUAAAAUUGUGACUUUAGUGAAACAAUUUUCCCAAAAAGUGUUGGACGAGGACUAUGGAAAUCUUAUGCUUGCUGAAGCCUUGCUGGAACAGUGUCUGAAGGAAAAUACUGCCAAGCUGAAAGACUUCACUCCAUUGACUGAGAAGCAUGAUCCUAAACUAGGUGAAGUAAGGGGGUAUUUAACAGAUAUUUUAAACAGAGGGAACUUGCAGCCCAAAUACAUGACUGAAGCCAUGUUAAUACUAGCAAAAUUUCAUUUUGUUGAGGGGUCCUAUAGAGAUGCAAUCAGCAUGCAUGCCCGAGCUGGAAUUGAUGACAUGUCUAUAGAUGAUGAACCACUUUAUCACAUAAGGCUUUUAGCCGAGGCUUACGUUAUCAAAGGGCUUUCAUUGGAACGCCAGCCUACAUCCGUUGCCUCCCGCGUGCGUUUAUUAGAACGAGAUGAAGAAGUGCUUGUAUGCUUUGAAAAGUCCUGCUAUAUUUCACUUGUUUACUUACAAGAAUUAGAAAAGGCAUUCAGUACUGCCCAGUCACAUUCAAAGAAUCCCAAAAGUAAUACAACAGCUCAGGAAUAUGAACUUGGCUUUUUCUUGGAAGCAGCACUACAGAGUGCCUAUGUUGCUCAUUUUAAAAGGGGAAAUAUUGUUAAAGGCUUAAAAAAGCUGAGGAAAAUUUUGAGAGCUGUGGAAGCAAAAGCAAUGCAGAACUUCAGAAUGACUGCAGCUAAGCAGUUGGCUGAAGUACUGCUCCAUACACUGAGUGAAGACUGUUAUUGGAAUCCUUUCUCAAAUCCUCCAUCAGACCUUUUGUCUAAGGAAGAGAGUUCAGCACUGUCUGAAAUAAGCUGCAAUUUUAGCCGCCAACCUCAAUUGUACAGUGGCGACAGCCUAUUCUGCCCGCAGGACAGUAUAGAAGAGGCACUUCUCCUCCUUUUAAUCAGUGAAUCUAUGGCAAAUCGAGAUGCGGUAAUUAGCAGAGCCCCUGACCAAAAAGAUGAUCGAGCCGUCAGUCUACAGGAUGCAACUGCAGUGUAUGACCUACUGUGCAUCACCUUAGGCAGAAGAGGGCAGUAUUCAAUGCUUUCUGAGUGCUUAGAGAGAGCGACAAAGUUUACAUUUGAUGAAUUUCACUUAUGGUAUCAGUUAGCACUUUCUAUGGUGGCAGGAGGAAAGCCAGCAUUUGGUGUGUCUGUAUUGAAAGAAUGUGCCAGACUUCAUCCUACUGAUCCAACGGUACCUCUGCUGGCUGCAAAGGUCUGCAUUGGUCCACUGCACUGGCUAGAAGAAGGUGAAUCUUUCUCCAGGAUGGUGAUUGACAUGGGUGAAGAAGCUGGAGAAUUUCUAGCUAAGGGUUACCUGGCUCUAGGCCUGGCAUACAGUCUUCAAGCCACUGACGCAAGACUAAAAAGCACACAGGAUGAGCUCAACAAGAAGGCGCUGGACACAUUGAAAAGAGCAUACGACUUAGCUCCAGAUGACCACCAGAUGGCACUCUACUACUCAUUACAGCUGGCCAUUGUGAGAGAGGUUUCUAUGGCUAUGGAACAUUUACAGCGAGCACUUAAAUUGAAGCAGGAUGACAUACGUUUGCUUCAUUUGCUGGCAUUGCUGCUCUCAGCUCAGAAGCACUAUCUGCAUGCUUUAGAUGUCAUCAACAUGGCUGUCGCAGAAUUCCCUGAAGAUUUCAGUUUGCACUUCACAAAAAUCAAGCUUGAAUGGCUGUACAAAGGACCUGAAGAAGCUUUGGUGACUUGCAGACACAUACUUUACAUCUGGCAGACAGUGUUCAAUUCAUUAGAUGUUUCAAGUGGAUCAGAGAAAGAGAGUACUGUUGAAGGGACAUUAACCACAAAGCCCACUGGGAUAUUCCUUACGCUCCCUGACUUCCAAGAUGGUGAUACAAGUUCCAUGCGUCUUUCUUCUACUGCAGCAUCACAGCGAGCAUCUUCUAUUGCAGCAUCCCGCCUGCUUCAGGCUACAUCAGGAGCAUCUAUGCAGAGUGCCAGUAAGCAUGGUCCUGCCCAGCUCUGGGUGGUCCUUGAACAGAUAUGGCUUCAAGCGGCUGAGCUUUUUAUGGAACAAGAGCAACUCAGUGCAGCAUCAUUCUGCAUCCAGGAAGCUGCCAGCAUUUUUCCAGUGUCUCACAAUGUAUUGUACAUGCGUGGGAGGUUAGCAGAGAUGAAAGGUAGCCUGGAGGAGGCAAGACAGUUGUACCAGGAGGCACUUGCACUCAACCCAGAAGGACUGAAAAUCAUUCAGAGCCUGGGGCUUAUUCUGAACAAAUUGGGCCGGAGUGCUUUAGCAGAGAAGAUGCUGCAAGAUGCAGUUCAAAUCCAUUGCACAUCUCAUGAGGCCUGGAACAGCCUGGGGGAAGUACUGCAAGCCCAAGGGAAGAGUCAGAGUGCAGUGGAGUGCUUUCUUACAGCUCUGGACUUGGAAUCAAGCAGUCCCAGUGUGCCUUUCACCAUCAUUCCGAGGGAAUUAUAAAAUCAUUUGCAAACACUGAAGAUCUGUUUAAGAUGUAUUAAAGUGUCCAAUUGUGUGGUGCACAGCAUGACAUUUAAUGUGUAACACAGUUAAAUUGUUCAGGGAAAAGGUUGACAAGAAAUUGAUUGGCACAUUCUAAUACAUAAGAAAAAAGAAUUAUGCAUGCUGCCCUAUAUGUAUUACUGCUUUCAUGUAAACUUAUUCUUGGAGUAUAUUAAAGAGCAAGUCACAUGUAUUGUUUUUAUACUUGUCAUUCAAAGGGUACAUAAUGUAACUGCCCUUAUUAGAAGUAUGUGUUUAUUUUGGUUAUUUAAAUGAUAGUUUUCUACAUAUCUGUAAUAUAUAUAUACAGUUGUGUGUACAUAAGGCAUUCUGCCACCAUAACUAUGCUGUAAUCACUACAGUGUAACAAUUCCAUUUUAAGAAUGCAGCAUGUCAUUUUAUGGUUGUAUUGCACUUGCUACGUCAUACAUUCAUCGUACGUCAUGGACAUAGUUGUUGCAUUAUAUUAACAUAAAUUGCUGAAUUUUAGUAUUCUGAAUAUUCCAUCUGCAGAUUAAAAAUAGUAUAAGUUUGUAUUUUAGUACUUAUGCUUCUCUAAUGUCAAGUGUUAGCAAAAAUAUGGUUACUCUGUUAUGGAUAACUACUUACAACCUUACAAGCACUGUUCUCACAGGAUCAUUACUGGGUAAACACUACCACUUUGAAAAUAUUAACUAAGUGGUUAUCAACAGCAGUAGGGCCACUAUUCCUUAUGUUAGACUGUCAUGCCCAUCUAGUUUGAUUUGUUUUACUGAUUUAUUAAUGCAAGCAGGACCCUAAAACAAGGCAGAAGGAAUGUUGUAAUCCUAUAUGUGUAAUGUAGUAGAUAUGCUGAAGUGUUCAGCUGAUGCUUAAUUGAUAACAAUAUACAUUCAGAGAAAUUUUCAUCGAGAUGAAUUGAUGUCAGUGCCUUAUGUUCAUUGCAAGUGGCAGUGUGUAAUAAGCUCAGGAAAAUAUAGAUAAAAUGUUUGUAAAAAUUAAUGAAUGCAAAAAUACGUAUGAUGGUUAAAGUGCUUCCCUUGUGAAUGACAAUAUUCGAGGUACUCUAAUAGCAGUGGGGCAAAUGUAUAGAGAAUCAGUUAUGUUCUUCUUCUUUUGUUUUUUCCCGGUUAGGGGUCACCACAGCGGAUCACCUGUCCACUCAUGAUUGGCAGAGGAGUUUUAAACUUGAAAAAAAUAAAGAAUCAAGAAAUGGCAUGUGUCUGUUUUACUGCUUUUUUGAUUUCGAUAUUGAGACUGCCACAGCGAUGUUAACAUUGGAAUCAACCAUUUGGCAUUAACAGGAAGAAGCUGAUGAUUAUUGCAGUUAGUACCGUGAUUUAUUCAUUAAAACCCGUAGGAUGAUGAGCACAUUUAAUUCCUAAAGAAAUUUGUGUGCAUAACUACAUGGCAUAUUGCUGCUUAAUUCCAGUAAGUGAUAUCAAGAACCCAUGAGCUUUGGUUGUUGAGGUUGUGAUUGUCGCUUGUCAACAUCUUGAAGGAAAAUUAUUUGGUUAUAAACUGCAUGCAACAACAUUCUGUGUGUUUUUAUUCAGGGGUCAUUCCUUAUUUAUGUAUUAGUUCUGACUGACUGCAUUGAACUACUGGAAGCUAUUUUCUUUCAGAAUGUUUUUCAUAUAUGUUUGUAUCUUAAACAGUUUACAGAAAUAGGCAAUUACUGUAAGUUAGAAAAAGUCUUUUGACCUAUGUGACUUGCAAGUUUAAUCAACACGUAUGUAUAGAAGUAAAAAUAGUGCUACCAGAAAAAAACAGUAACUGCAGAAUUUAUGCUGUUUAAUCAAACAUACCACUGCCAGCAGUAUUAAUAUGAAACAUGUGCUAGCUGUACUUUUAGACAGACAGACAGACACACACACACACACACACUGACGCGCGCACAAACUCACAUACUCAUGUAGCUAUGUAAGUGCACUCCUAGGGAAAUUGAAGGAAUCCAUCAUAGCUAGUUACAUACUGACUUUUUUAUUCCAAUACCAUCUUGCUUACUAUGCAAUAUUAAAAAAAAAAAGAACUCUACUGAGAAAGCCUUAGGAUCUUUUAUCUGGGCAUCUGCUCAUAAUUCUGUGUCAGAAAUUUAAUGUAUGUGAUAUUAAAACAAAAUGACUUGCAUUCUGCUGCCAUCAGAGUAGCAAUUUAUAGUUGUGGAUUUUAGAGCAUAAUUCAUUAGAAAGAUAGUUGAUACUAUGACAGGAAGUGUUAUUUGAAACAAUUAGCACCAACAAGUACACAUGUAGAAACAGCUAAAGAGGCCUCGUAGAGUAGAUAAUAGAACAAAGUGCAUUGAAAAGGAAAAAAAUAACUUACAUAGUCACUUAGUUGAUAGAAGAUUAUUCAUAUCACAUUUCCUUGUGCUUAAGUGCUCAUGUUGGUAGCUGCAUGAGCACUGUUGUUCAUUCCAUACAGCAGUGAAUUCUUAUUACUUAAAGUCUGUGUUUUUUUCAUGAUUUACAAGGUUGCAACCUCAUCAUGAAGCUAAAAUGUUCACAAAUACACCAAUAUAGUAAAUGCCUGAUGCUGGCAUGCAUAGCAUUGCCAAAAUGUUGUUAGUAUGUAGUGUCAGAGAAUGUUGUAUGAGGCAUUUUGAUGUUACAUUUGACUUGAAUAAAUGAAAAGGGUCUGAGUCAGACAGUAUGAUAGUAAUUAAUGUUCAAUUGUAUGAUUAAAUAAUGCAUUAUAAGAAUUUAAAAAUGGCUCAGGAUAUUCUACAUGAUGUGCCUUGGUUAUAAAGGUAGGCGGUCUCAGCUAAAGUAAUAUAUAUAUAUAUAUAUAUAUAUAUAUCUACAGCACUCUGGAAAAGAACAGUAAAGGAACUGAAUAAGUUAACCAUAACAGUGGCUUCUGUGUUUUGCUUGCAUGUCAUGCUUUAUCUUGAAAAGAUGCUAAAAGGGGUUGCAGCACACUACCUUCAGUUUUAUAAUGCUGUCUGAUAUUCUAUUUUAUGCACCUGAAAUAGCAGCACAGCAUUAGACUCAGCCAAAGGGGAAAAAACUUCUAUCCAGCACAUGGCAUUCAAAAGCUAGAUGGCUCAGCUAAAGGAAAAAAAUGCAGCAUACCAAAAAAUUCUGUCACUGCAGAGGGUUAUUAGCUGUUAUUGAGCUGCUUUUUGUAGUCCUGGGUUGAUUCCCUCAAUAUUCAUUUACAUAUUGCAUUGCUUUGAGCAAGUCACUUAAUCACAUAGUGUUCCUUGGUCACCCCAGAAAAGGGACACUUGUAUCCAGUGAGCUUAGCUGGUUAAUAAGCUCUAAAUAAAUAAAUAAAUUGAACUAAGUCAGCCAAAGAACUGGAUUCAGUUUGGUACUGCCAUGCAGAGCUGCUAUGUGCAGCUGAAAUAGUUUAUGUAAGGUAGCUCAUGUUAUACAUUCAACAUCUUUUCUGCAGCAAACACGGGUAAUUAAUGAAAGGUCCACAUAAUUUCUACUUUUACCACUUGAAUCAACAAGAAAAUAUUUUUAAGCAUACUUUUUCACUUUGAACAUUUAUUUUUGUCACAGUAUCCCAGAAAUAUGUUAUUUGUCAAUAUGUAGUAGAUGUCAUGCUCAACUGUUCAGCUGAGGCUUAAUUAAUGACAAUAUACAUUCAGAGCAAUUUUCAUUGAGAUGAAUUGAUGUCAGUGCCUUAUGUUCAUUGCAAGUGGCAGUGUGUAACAAGCACAGAAAAACUUAGAUAAAAUAUUUGUAAAAAUUAAUGAAUGCAGACAUGCAUACGAUUAUAUGUCACAUCAAACAUAAAAUGUAAAUGAUGCAGACUAAAUUAAUGUAUUCCUCUAAACAUCCACUAAUAAAAUGCUUGGGCUCUGUA